GCGAAGCUGCUGCGCCCGUCCGACGCGGACCGCGGGGUCGACCGCGGGGCGCGCGCCUGAGACCUUGCGGCUGGGGUCGGUGGUGACGUGUGGCGGGGGCGGGACCAGGCGCGCCCCUCCCCCAGUCUCCCGGAAGCGUGCCGCCGCGGGGCAUUGUGGGCAUUGUGGUCCUGGGGGGCACAGAGCUCGGGAGGCCGCGAGCUGGCAGGCUGUGUGGGUGCAGAGUCCUGGGCCAGCUCAGACCUUCAGACACGCUUCUGACUGGAAGCACCGCCUCGGGGUUUCAGAAGCCAUGGGCGUCCAGGAAGUAGAAACGAAGACAGCAGUUUUCUUUCCCGGCGCUGGAGUCUGAGACGUCUGUCCGGGGACUCGGGGACACCAGGUCCCGCAGCGCCGCCAGGGCCCCGGGUGGCAUGGAGCUGCCUGGCCCAGAAGGGGAGAAGCAGGCGUCUGCGGAGCCCCGGCCGGGUGGCAGGCUGCCGUCCUGGUGGUGCCUGGUCUUCUUCCUCUGCUUCUACGGCUUCCUGGCCCAGAUGCGGCCCGGGGAGAGCUUCAUCACGCCCUACCUCCUAGGCCCCGACAAGAACUUCACGCAGAAGCAGGUCACCAACGAGAUCACGCCGGUGCUGUCCUACUCCUACCUGGCCGUGCUGGUGCCCAUCUUCCUGCUGACCGACUACUUGCGCUACACGCCCGUGCUGCUGCUGCAGGGCCUGAGCUACGUGUCGGUGUGGCUCCUGCUGCUGUUCGGCUCCACGGUGCUGCACAUGCAGUUCAUGGAGUUCUUUUUCAGCAUCACCAUGGCCGCGCGCAUCGCCUACUCCUCCUACAUCUUCGCGCUCGUGCCGCCCGCCCGCUACCAGCGCGUGGCCGGCUACUCGCGCGCCGCGGUGCUGCUGGGUGUCUUCACCAGCUCCGUGCUGGGCCAGCUGCUGGUCACGAUGGGCAGGGUGCCCUUCUCCACGCUCAACUACGUCUCGCUGGCCUUCCUGCUCUUCAGCCUGGUCCUCACGCUCUUCCUGAAGCGCCCCCAGCGCAGCCUCUUCUUUAACCGCAGCGCGCCCGCCCCUGCGAGCUGGACCCCAUGCGCCCGGGCGGCGCCCCCCGGUGGGCGGGCGGCCCGGCGGGACUCGGUGCUGGCGCGCCUGCUGCGGGAGCUGGCCCGCGCCCUGCGACUGCCGCAGCUGCGCCUCUGGUCGCUCUGGUGGGUCUUCAGCUCGGCCGGCUACUACCUGAUCGUCUACUACGUGCACAUCCUGUGGAACGUGGUCCACCCCACCGCGGACAGCUCGCGGGUCUACAACGGCGGCGCGGACGCCGCCUCCACGCUGCUCGGUGCCAUCACUUCCUUUUCUGCCGGCUUCGUGAAGAUCCGCUGGGCGCUGUGGGCGAAGCUGGUCAUCGCCGUGGUGACGGCCGUGCAGGCGGGGCUCGUCUUCCUCAUGUACAGCACGAGCAGCAUCUGGCUGUGCUACGGCGCCUUCGUGCUCUUCCGCGGCGCCUACCAGUUCCUGGUGCCCAUCGCCACGUUCCAGAUCGCGUCCUCUCUUUCUCAAGAGCUGCGGGCCCUGGUCUUCGGAGUCAACACCUUCCUCGCCACCGUGCUGAAGACCGUCAUUACUGUCAUCGUCUCCGACAAGCGGGGCCUGGGCCUCCCGGUCCCCUCUCAGUUCCUCAUCUACUCCGUGUACUUCCUGGUGCUCUUUGUCGCCUACUUCUUCGCAGCUGUGCUGGCGGGCCUGCGCCACUUCCGACAGGGCCGCCACCAGCCCCUGGCGCUGGCCCAGGAGCUGAGGAGUCCCGCGCACGAGAAGGCUGGGCAGGCGCUGAGCGCACAGGCCGGGGCCCCGGGGGACGGUGCCAGGGCCUCCCGGGAGCGCUGCCAGCUGCCCGAGACCAGAGCCUGACCCACCCGGCCUGCUGUCCUGCCCGCUGAGCGGCCAGAUUCCUGACGCCAGAGCCUCCUGGGCCUUGACCUCUGGGCACUGAUGCGUCCCUGCAGCUGCCUCUCCUCUUGGGGUCAGCAGGCCAUGCUGUGGCAUCGUCCGAAUUCCAGCCUUCAGUUGCAGUACCGGUGACCCAGGGGUCCCUAAUGGUCCGUCCCCGUGACCCCCACCCCAGCGAGGGGUCCUUGGCCUGUCCCAUGUGGCCCCGAACGCGGCACCCUCGGCCUGCUUCACGCCCUGGCGGGGGCGCUUCCUCAUGCCCACAGGCCUUUGUCCUCACCCCCAGGGAGGCAGGUCCCACUUGUCCCCAGGUGGUCCCAGAUGCCAGCCAGGGAACUGGCCCCCCUCAGCUGUCCUGGGCCCUGCGGGCGGGAGUGGGAGCCAAGGUCCUGGGGCCCGCGGCUAAACUGUGACAUUUGUAAUUGUUCAGGUGCUUGCAUUUUAAAUGAUGCUCUGUUCCUUUUUAAAAAACAAAACAAAACAAAACAACAACAACAACAGAAAGCUGGCACAGAUGAGAA